AUGAUGUUGCAGUUCUCUCUUACGUUGGUGGUUGAGGUCAGGCGUGAGGAGAGUAGACCCAAAUGGUUCCUGGUGGAAGAGGUACAGGUGAAAGACAAGUGGCAGGAAGCUGUGGAGGCAGCUGAUGAGGCACAGAGGAGCUUGAGAUCUGCAGAGGAGAUUUCAGGAACACAGGACAUCAAAGGCCUGGCUCCAGGAUACGUCAGUGAGCUGAGACUGGUCAGGGUUUUUGGCUCAGAGGGUGGGAUCUAUAAGUUUUCAGCCAAUCAUGAGGAUGCGUCCAUUGAUCAUCACUUCCAUGUUUAUGUCAACAGUAAGCCUGUUAUUGUUGCCCACGAGGGCCCAGUUGAUGGACAAGUACGAUGCAUUGCUGCAGGUUAUCCAGUUCCUAAAAUCAGCUGGUACUUCUGUGAAAGGCCCCGCACAAGGUGCUCACACCUGCCCAACGCCACCCAGUGGGAGACACCAGAGGUGACUACGCUGUCCGAGUCGGGCUUUGGUAGGACUAAGGUGGAGAGUCGUCUGAAUGUCAGCAAGGGGCACGCUCAAUACCACACCUUAGAAUGUGUGGCCUCAACAGAGGAAGAGGAGGCCUACACACUGUUCUCUAUCAGUGAGCGGAUUGUGCCUCACAAACUCUUCACACCUCUUCUAACUGGCAUGGUGGCUACUGGCGCCUUCCUCAUCCUCAUUCUAGUUGUGCUUUUCUACAAGUACAUGCAGAAACCAAAGUUCCAGAUCCAGUGGAAAGUCAUUGAGAGUAUCAAGGGAAACAACUAUAUCUACAUUGACCCCCUCCAGCUGCCGUAUGACAUCAAAUGGGAGUUUUCCCGACAGAAGCUUCGCUUUGGUAAAACCCUUGGCUCUGGGGCUUUUGGGAAGGUGGUAAGAGCCACAGCAUAUGGACUGUGCUCUGCAGAUACAGUCACCACCGUCGCUGUUAAGAUGCUAAAACCUAACGCUCAUUCCACGGAGAAGGAAGCACUGAUGUCUGAGCUGAAGGUUCUCAGUUACCUUGGAAAUCACGUGAACAUUGUGAACCUGUUGGGAGCCUGUACCACUGGAGGCCCAAUUUUAGUGAUCACCGAGUACUGUUGCUAUGGCGAUCUGCUCAACUUCCUACGAAGGAAACGAGAGUCCUUUCUAAAUUCCCGGGAUGGGGGCGAUUACUAUCGCAACGUCUCGGAUCAGUCGGAGCCAACAAGCAGAGAAGUAGCUGGUACAGGAUAUAUGCCCAUGCGUACGUCUGAGAAAGAACGGUCCUCCCAGUCAGAUGAAGUAGACGUGCUGUCUCUGGACGCUGAAGAUCUCCUCAGCUUUUCUUACCAGGUUGCCAAAGGGAUGGAGUACAUUACCUCCAAGAACUGUAUCCACAGGGAUCUAGCAGCCAGGAACGUUCUGCUGACUCACGGCAGGGUGGCCAAGAUCUGUGACUUCGGCUUAGCCCGAGACAUCACCACUGACGCCAGUUAUGUGCUGCGGGGAAACGCUCGUCUGCCGGUCAAGUGGAUGUCUCCUGAGAGUAUUUUCGACUGUGUCUACACCUUCGAGAGUGACGUCUGGUCCUACGGCAUCCUGCUCUGGGAAAUCUUCUCUCUGGGAAAUAGCCCGUAUCCAGGGAUGCAGGUGGGAUCUGCGUUUUACAGGAUGAUCCAAGAAGGCCACAGGAUGAGCAGGCCUGAGUUUUCUCCACCUGAGAUGUACGACAUGAUGCUGUCCUGCUGGAACCACGACCCUUUAAAAAGGCCUUCCUUUAGGAAACUGGUGGAGAGAACCGAACUGCUGCUCUCUGAAAAUACCAAGAACGUGUACUUAAGGCUGAGCAACACUCCAGGUGCUUCAGAGCAGCAGAGGGCACCAUCACGACGGCUGAGCUCAGUCUGCAGUACCACGGCCCCAACGCAGCCUCUGCUGCAGAAUACAGUUGAUGUCUUCCUGGACUACGUCUAACACACACACACACACAAACACACACACCUCGCUUCAUUCUGAACAGCAUUAUCUUUUUAAAGUAAAUCCUAAAUGCUGGCCCUCCUGCGGCUCACACACUGUACAUACGAGCACUCAGCCUCUAACUACUCAUUGCUGUAUCGAUCUCUGUGGUAGGUAUUUCAGGUGCACGUCUAUAUAAAGCAAACUCCAGCACUAACAGGCCAUCAGAUACAC